CGUUAGCCUCGAGACGAAACCAGAAAAUUAGCCGUUGCCUCCUUGGCUUCCCUUCUACCGAGUUCAUUUUCCUUUUCAGCGUUAAGUCAUAAGAGUCUGUCUCUUCCAAUCAAAUAUCAUCUUAAUUCCGUAAACCGAUCUUCUGUUUCCAUCCUGCCAUCCCUCUGAAAAGAACCCAUUUGUUUUCCUCCUUUUAUUUCUACUAGAUCAAACCUGUAAUGGCAUCCAAAUCGGUUGCUAGAGACAUCAUCACUCUCCGCGGUUCUGCAGCAAUUGUCAGCGAGUUCUUUGGAUAUGCAGCGAACAGUAUACUGUACAAUCGAGGGGUCUACCCAGAAGAGAGUUUUGUGAAGGUGAAGAAAUAUGGGCUCCCAAUGUUGCUUACCCAGGAUGAAGGUGUUAAAUCCUUCAUUGCCAACCUAAAUGCUCAGUUAUCAGAAUGGCUGGAAGCUGGGAAAUUACAGAGGGUUGUGCUUGUGAUAAUGAGCAAGGCCACCGGUGAAGUUCUAGAGAGGUGGAAUUUUAGUAUAGAGACUGAUAGUGAGGUGGUGGAGAAGGGGGUGUCAAGAGAAAAGAGUGAUAAAGAAAUAAUGAGAGAGAUACAAGCAAUCAUGCGUCAGAUUGCUUCAAGUAUUACUUACUUGCCAUGCCUGGAUGAAGCUUGUGUUUUUGAUGUGUUAGCAUACACAGAUAAAGACGUGGCAGUCCCUUUUACUUGGAUUGAGAGUGAUCCUAAAUUGAUUGCUAAUCCACAAAUGGUGAAAUUGCAUUCUUUUGAUACCAAGAUUCACAAGGUUGACACUCUGGUUUCAUACAAGAACGACGAAUGGGACGAGGAGUAGAGAAAGCUACCUCAAGUCUUGUUUUGGCUAUUCAUGGAGCGUGAAUCUUUUAUUCACAUAUUGUUUGUAGGGUGGAUACAAAAGAGGAGUUAAAAUUUCUGUUCCGGGCUGGUUUAAGCUCCCUAAUGUUUUUGGCUAAAGUGGAAAUGAAAUGCAGAGGCAACCCAGACUUGUGUGGGCUUGCCUUGAGGGUUGUUUUCCUUUUAAUUUCUAUUUUAAAUUGAUAUUGUCUUUCUUAUCGUGGCGAGUCUCUUGCAUCUCCUGAACACUGGUCGAUUACUUGUGCAAAUGCGACAAACAGAGCUUUUCUAAAAUCAUAAAUGAGACAAGUCUGCUUCAGUUGCCAA